UCGAAACGGAUGUUGUUAAAAAAGCAAAUGGCGGGGUGACAAAUAUCUGAUUGUUUUUAAAUUUUCCAACUUUUUCCACCACCAAAUACAGCCAGGAUGCCUUCAGGAAGCCAUUUCACCACAUCCAGUAUUCUGGCUUUCAUUUCCCUGAGUCUGAUUCGUGGCAGCUUUUCCGUUGUCAUCCAUUUUGCAGAUCUUUCGUACAACUCUCCGAGCCUUGUAUUUCUUCUGCGGACGCCAGGAACAGUCAUCUUGUACAUUUGUCUGCUUAUCUUCGUGGCUCGUAGAGACACUGAACUCAAACAUACUUUCUUGAAUAAUUUGCGGAACAUUCAUAAUUACUGGAAGUCUGCCGUCAUGGGUUUUCUGCAGCUUGCAGCGCCGUAUUUACUGUUUAUGUAUGGGCUCAAAGUCAUGAGUCCAACUGCUGGAGGAGUUUUUAUGGCCGCUGCUCCUUGGACUACGGUUAUCUUAGAGCGUUUGCCGUUUAUAAGGCAAAGAUCCAAUCUCUCUCCAGUUAAAAUCCUAGCCAUGAUUAUAGGGUUUGCUGGAGUUAUCAUGGUGUCAACAUCAGAUGUACUAAUGGCCGUUCACUCACAUGUAGAGUGUCCAAAUUAUACAAACCAUACAAACAUGUCAUUCCUUAGCAACAGGACAAACAAUAGUGCGAUGGGUUCUCUUGUGAGAAACAAAUGUCAUAAAUUUCCAAUACCCUUGAUUGUCAGAUCACUACUUGCUCUGGUUGGUGGCUGUAUGAUGUGGUCUAUUAGUUCAGUGUUUUGGAGAUCGUACCGAGGGGACAUUCAUUUUGCUGUUGCUGGUGUGUGGAAUAACAUAUUUGCCAGUUGUUAUGCACUAAUGUUUUGGGUUGCAAUGCACCGAUAUGAAAAUAUUGACAAGGUUAAUUGGUCCAAACCAGAUGGUAUUGUGUCCAUUAUCUUUCUUACUGUUUUUUCUGGUUGGGUUGCUGCUCUUAUUGUUGAUUACAUGUACAGGAAUGUAGGUCCAACAGCAACAAACAGAGUGUUGUGCCUUGUACCUCUCUUUACGUGGAUUGAAGACUGGGUGUUUGUGCGUGAAUUUAAGACACUUGCAGAUUCAACACUGGUUGUUACUGAAAUCCUAGGCUUGGUUUUGGUGUUUGCUGGACUUGUGACGUUCAGUUUGGAGGUUGAGGGAUUUCAAAACUCUCUUCAAACUCCAUUGCUUUCUCCAACUAUGGAUGAGGAGGGAAACAAUGGUUCUAGUUUCAAUGAUGGUUACAGAGAAGCCGACGAUGGUGCAACAUCCGAAGAGGAAGUAGAGAACGGCAGCCACACAAACUUUAGCCAUUUUCCACCACUGAUGGAAGUAAAACCUAUUGAUAUCAAUUAAAGUAACUACUGUAUAGUAAUGAAAAAUACAUCAAAGCAAAUAUUUUAUAAAUUAAGCCUGGUUCAUAUUAGUGUCAGAAUCGAAAUUGGAAGCAACAUACACACUCCGUUCUUUACAGCUCAACGACAGUGCUUGUCUUUUUUUCCACACCUUGGUGAUAAAUGCAACAAUGAGACUCAAACGUUGGCUACGAUUCUGAUUCAGAUGCUAGUGUGAACCAGAAUCUAUAGCUUUCAGAGGGCUUGCUGAUUCGACCAGAUGUAUAAAUAGUUUACCUCAUGUCAUAAUAACUUAUUAUAUUGAAAGCAAUUGUAGAUGAAAAGUAAUGCUAAACAGCCAAGACGUGACCAAUUGUUGGCUGACACUUCACAAACAUUAAUGACAUUGGCUAAUGCAAUUACCAAUCUAAUAGACUUUAUGGAUACAAAUCGAACAAAGAAUCUUAAUCUCAAGUGAAUGAAACAGGGUCUGAAAUUGGGAAAAAAUUGCACCACAUCAAAUGAGGUCUGUUGUUCUCUAACAUGUUGGAACACAAUCUUUUCAGUCAUAUGAUACUCAAUCUGCUCUAUUCUCCGAGUGUCUUACUUGUGGAAGACUAAUGUUUUUAAAUCUCUGUUUGGGUUCAUUUAGGGAGUAACUAAAAAGAUUGUAUAUUCAUUYCCCUCCCCCUCACUUAAAAUAGAUCAGCCCUACUAUAGAUUGAAGCUUUUAGAAUUGUAUAUAGUUUUGUAGUUUUACAGCCUGUUUUAUUGUUUCUGUGACUUAACUAACUACAGACAUCUGUCAUUUUGGCUCCUAAUGAUCAUGUUUUUGGGAAGCAGCUGUACACAGGCUAUCAAGUUUAYGAGGGGCUGAGAGCAUUCUGAUUGCCUUUACAACAGCUUAUUUCCCAUUGUAAAAUGGCUGUUAUGAGUUAUAAAUAUCCCCACAACUAGAGACAGCCUAUUUUCCAUGGGAAAAUAGCUACCAAGUUGCAGGAAUAUUCAUCUCUGGCGAUGAGAAUGAAUUGGAAUGCUUUCAGCCCAUUGUCAAUUUGAUUGAUGGUAGCCAAAACGCCAGAAGUCUGAAGAGGGUUAAGUCGCAGAAACAAUGAAACUGGCUGUAACACAAAGAAAUAUUUUAAUAGAUGUAUAAAAGUAAACUUUACUUUAUAUUACUUAAUAUUAAAAACGACAUGGAAUAAUUUUGAAAAUGUUUUUUUAAAGAGCUUUUCAAGUACCUGCAAAUGCUAUCUGUGAGUUAACUGUGCCCUAACAAUGAUCAGCCAAGUUGUUUCAGAUUGAAGGUUUGGUAUUAAAGACCCAUUGCCACUUAC